AUGGGCAUGGACGCAUAUCGCACGAAUAAGAAACCUGCAAAUAUGAUGAAACCGAACACUCGGUUCUUACGACAUAUUAUUAAAGAUACCGAUAAUCACAAUAAGGCCUUGUUGGCCAAAGAGGCCGCCGAGUCCAAAGCGCGCUUGCAGGAUCUCGAGCGCACUGAAGAGAUCAAGCGGCGCAAAACGAACCCGAACGUCAGCGACAUCAGACGGCGACAAAUGGGCGAUAUUCAUGCCAUUCUAGGAGGCAAGCGACGGUCAAGAACUGAGGAUGAGGCUGGACCCUCGUCUAGAGAUUCAAAGCGCAGAGAAAAGGACCGAAAAUCUGAGCGCGAACAAGAUCAAGAUACAGGCGACCUCUUUACAAAUAGGCGCACCGAGCGCAGUCAACACGGUCGAUUGUCAAGGGAAGAUCGCCGCAGUAGGACAGACGACGACUCGAGACGUUCAGAUAGGUCGCGACGAGAGCAUAAGCGACGCGACAGGUCACGGAGCAGAGAUAGGGAUUCUGAGGACGAAGGCCGUCAUGGCCGCAGUCAAAGGCGGAGAGAUAGGUCUAGAUCCCCUACGCGCCGACGACGGUCUCGAUCACCCAGAGAAUCUAAGAGUAGGCAUCGACAUCGAUCACCUCUGGAUACGAAGGAAGACUGCAAACGGAAAGAGGAGAAACAAGAAGAGGACUCGGAUGUCUUGGAAGAUCUCAUCGGACCCGCACCACCUCCGAAAUACCGGGGCCGAGGAACAGUGGGAGGGUCCUCGGGUAUCGAUCGACGAUUUUCAGAGACAUACGAUCCCAAGACUGAUAUACAAAUGGACGAAGACGAGGAUGGUAAUCCCUGGGAUGAUGCAGUGGAAGCGUUUAGAGACCGCCAAAAACUACGGCAGAACCAGGAGCAACGUUUGAAAGCGGCCGGGUUUGCAGAUGAGCAGAUACAACGAGCAAGUGGUACAGAGGAAAAGUUAGCAGAGAACGUUCAGUGGUCCAAGGCUGGAGAAAAGAGAGCCUGGGACGUUGGCAAGGUGAUCGGGGCCGACGGAGUGCUACAAUCAGAAGAUUAA